AUGCGUUCACCAACCCCUGCAUCAGACUCGAGCGACGCCGAGAGUGGCGACUGGCCCGCGUACAAGCAAGCCAUGUCCGCCGCUAGCGCCUUCAUCCAAGAAUGCGCCUCCGCCCGCCGCCCGACCCUCCUCCUCCCCGACAAAGACGCCGACGGCCUCUGCGCCGGCCUCAUCCUCCACUACACCCUCUCCGCGCUCGGCCUCCCGCCUGCGCUCAUCUCGACCCACUUCGUCGGGAAGGGCUCGAACGUGCACGCACCCACGGAGCGUGUACGCAUCCAGGCGAUCGUGCCCCGCCCGGCGUACAUCAUCGUCGCGGACCAGGGGAGCCGUGCAGGGCCUGCGAUACUUCCUGGUGAGGACGAGGGCGACGGGAGGCAGGAGGGAGAGGUAAGGACGUUGAUCGUGGAUCACCACCUAGCGGAUGGCUUCCCCGUUGGCGCGAUUGUCCUCUCCGCGGCGAAGCACCAGCCCGUCGCGACGUCCUCGACACUUGCGUACCUCCUUUGCGAGCCGCUCGUGCGCAGGGCAUCGCCGGAAGUGCGCGCGCGCAUGGAGUGGCUCUGCGUCCUGGGAACGAUGGGCGACCUCGGCGUCGCCCACAAGUGGGAGCGGCCUUGGCCGGAUAUGAGUGCCUGUAUGAAGAGGUGGACGAAGAAGGUGCUCGGGGAGGCUGUGGCGUUGGUCAAUGCGCGCGAGUAUCUUCGAUCUUUGAACGUUCACACUGCGUGGUCUGCCCUCCUGGCGAACGACCCCGCCCAGAUCGUCUCUGCUGCGUCGGGCAACAAGCAUGUUCAGAGACUCCACAAAGCCCGCCGUGAGAUCCGCGCGGAGACCGAGCGGUGUGGGCAUACGGCACCCACGUUCUCUGGGGAUGGCCGCGUCGCUCUGGUGCGGAUCCGGAGCGAGGCACAGGUGCAUCCACUGAUCGCGACCCGCUGGGCGUCGACACUCAAGUCGGCCCGCCUGCAGAUCGUCAUCUGCGCCAACGAUGGGUACCUCCCUGGUGCUGAGAUGACCAACUUCGCCUGUCGGAUCGCGCGUUGCGCCAUACCCUCGUCCAAGUCCAAAGGCGCCCCCGAGAUCAACAUCCCGGACAUCCUGCGAGAGUACGCGGUACGUAUUCCGGGCUUGAGGGAGAGCAUGGGCGAGGACUUUGCGCGCGGACAUGCGCAGGCGAGUGGGGGCAUCGUGAAGAGUGAGGACUUUGAACGGUUGUGGCAGGUUAUGCGGGACGCACCUGCGGAUGGAUCGGGACCGCCCAGGAAGAAGAGAAAGGUUGAAGCGACGCAGAAGAAUACGUUGGAGGGCUGGAUCAAGAAAUGA